AUGGAAAUGGAGGAUAGGAUCAGUGCCUUACCUGAUGGCAUCUUGUGCCACAUUCUCUCUUUUCUCCCAACUCGUGACACCAUCGCCACUAGUUGUCUCUCCAAAAGGUGGUGUCCAUUAUGGCGUUCCGUCCCUGCUCUCGACCUCCACCUAGACGAUCAAACCUAUCUUCAAAGCGGUUGUAUUUACUCCCCUUUCUUAAACUUUGCCUAUGCCACCCUCCUCUCGCACAACGCACAGCAACCUCUCAUGCUUGUACGCUUACGCAUCAACACUCGCGUGGGCCCAAACUACAUCUUCCCAAAGGCCCACUUCAACAUAUUGAUUAAGGCUGUCAUUAAGCGUGGCAUGGCAUUUUCAGGAGUUUAUUACAAGACAAACAUCUUACCACCCAUUAUUGUCUCUUAA